AUGUCUCAAUACAACCUUGGCAGUGUUGCGUUCCCAGAAGGACACAUUGCGGAGGAACCCCACACUAGCAGCACACCCAAAGUGUCAGGGGUAGUCAGAAACCCGUCGCCCACAACCCUGCCAGAAUUCACCACACCCCAGACUUGGGAAUGGCAGGGGGUCUCUUACGACACAAUCAAGGAAGCUGCCAAUGUCGCCACACCCAACACCAUCCCAAGAGAUGUAAAGGAAUGGACAAUGAACGUGGUGCGAGCGUUCAUAAUGAGAGAUGUCAUCAGCUUCUAUGAAGCGCUACAUCAGAAGAUGGAUGAACGUCAUGAGCGCACAGUGGCCUCAUUGGAAGAAGAGAUCCUGGCUCGCAUCCACGUCGAAAUAAUGGCGGUGGAAAUAAAAGAACAGCUGAAAGUCGCAAGAACCCAGAUUGGCACCCUCUCUGCCGACAACGAACGGCUCAUCAAGUCAAAUAACAGUCUGACGCUCGAAGCCCAAGCAAUCUGCAAGGACUUCGAAGACUACAAGGAUGAAGUAAAGGGUCAGAUGGACGCCCUUUACAGCAACAUGGUCGCCCUGAAGGAGGCUCAGGAAAAGACCACUACUUAUGACAAAAUUCAGCAGGCCAACGCACAUUUGGAAGGCGGAGCUGCUCUGUACAUGAAAGAGUACGCAAUCAAGCUCACCUCCGGACAAGACGUUGGGACAUGGGCAGAAUACACCAGGAAACUGGAAAUGGCAUACAAGACGCUUGAUCUCAAGUGCACAGCACAAUCUUUGCUAGAUGCACACUGUGCAAUCUGCCACAAGAUGAUGAUUGCCUUCGCAGAGAAUUUCAGGGCCUAUGCCCCUGAAUCAGGGUACUCUGACGAAGAUCUAAUCGUCAAAAUUAGGGAACAACGGUCAACCCACAUCCAAACAGUCAUGUCGGUAACAGAGACUCUGGACCCCUCGAAGAUUCCAACCACUUGGAUGGACUAUCUAAAGUUCUGCUUGGAGAUUGAAAUCAAACAUCUUCAGCAAGUUUCAGGGAACAAGUUGACAGGACAGACCAUGGCAACCAAGGACAAGGGAAAGGGCAAAGCAACUAAGGUGCGACAGGUGGAAGAAGAAGGUAGCUCAGAUACAUCACCUCAAAUUGCGGCAUUGGAGCAAGCAAUUGCUGCACUUCGUGGGAUGAGCACCACUUCGACUACUCCACUGUCCAGCAAAGGCAAGGGCAAGGCAAAGGCACACAGCGCAGGCACGGAAUCUACCAUAUCGACAUCUACGGUUAAGGACACCAAUGCAAGAAUCAUUGAGCUGGAUGAAUUCUCGGAGGAUUUUCAAUACGAAGUGUAG